ACGUUGAUCUGGAUGCUCUGGAGCGGGUAUCAUCGACGAACAACGAGAAAUAACCGGCCAGAGGGGGGAUAAAGGUAGAUCUAUAAGGACUUGGGGCUGACCUCCACCGUAUUCAUUUCAAGUCCAGCCAUCGUUCGUGGGUGACGAAACAACCCUGCAGAUCUUUUCCGCCUGUUAGACGAACGUCCGAGAUCCUCGUUAACUUCCAAUUUUUUUCUUUCUAAAGGAAAAGAUGAGGAAGAUUGUGUUAAUAGGACUGGUCGUCGCGACGAUCCUUUCUACUACCUUUGCACGUGAUUUGCCUGAUUUUCUACACGUUUGCAAAAGAAAUGAUCCAAAUCUGGGUGACUGCAUCAAGAGCAGUGUGGAGAAUUUCAAACCACACUUACACUCUGGAUUACCAGAAUACAAUAUCCCAUCCUUGGAACCAUUGUUCCUGAAAGAAUUGGUGGCUACUACAGGAGCUAGCAUCAGACUAAAGCUGUCGAACAUUCGUGUCAAUGGUGCCAGCAAUUUUGCUGUGACGAGAUUGAAGGCCAACGUGGACACUCUUCGUUUUGUCAUCGAACUGGAUCUCCCAAGGCUCUCCAUAAACAGCGACUACGAGGUAGAUGGAAAGGUUUUACUGCUUCGAAUCCAAGGAACAGGACUCCUGAAUGGAAACUUCACAAAUUGCAAAGCAUUGGUGAAGAUCCAGGCUGAAAUAACGAAAGGGCAGGACGGUCUGAAUUACGUGACGAUAGUCGACCUGAAAACAAAAAUAUCAGUUGGCAGUGGUGAUCUGAAGUUAAACAAUCUAUUCGGUGGCGAUCCAGUCUUAGGCGAAGCUGUUAAUGGGGCCAUUAAUAGUAAUUUCGAUGCCUUCAUCGACGAAUUGAAACCCGCUCUUGAAAAUGGUAUUUCUGAUACAUUCAUCAAAAUUGCAAAUGGUAUUCUAUCGCAAUUUACAUACGAAGUACUUUUCCCACUUUCUUAAAAAGUUUCUUUCUUUCUAUUGUAAAUUGACAAUCGACAGAGAGUUUUGUAAAAGAUGUUGAUGGAAGUGAAUAUUUUUUAGAGUCUUCAAAAUCUUGCUUUAUAAUAUUUAUCAAAAUGAAGAAGAAAAUAUUUUUGAUUAAAAAAUUUGAUAAAAAAUUAAAAAAUUCAGAACUGUUUAAUUUUUAAGGUAUCUUCUUUAAAGUUUCUAUUCUAUAUUUUGUAUUAUUUGAAAUUCGUAUGUAAUUUUUUAAAUAAAGAAGAUAGGAUGUCAUAGACCAUCAUUGAAAUACUAUUUUCUUAUUGAUAUUGUCUUAUUAUCGUAAUUAUAAUAAUGUAAUUAUAAGGCAAGGGGUUAAAGACCAUUGGAAUCAUAUUGAAAUUUGAAUAUGAUUUGAUAAUUUAUACUUUACUCAUGGAAUAUUUGUUGUAAAUAUAAGCGAUGAACAAAAUUGGAAAAAUUAUUGUAGUAUAUAGUGUAAUUGUUUUAUACGUAUAAUUAAGAAUGUGUCUUAAUUACCGAAUUGAUAUUCAUGAAGUUAUAAUGAAUUUAAAAAUCCAAAAAGAAAUUUUUAUAAAAGAAUUAUGAAAUUUUAAUCUUUUAAUAAAAAUGUUUCCUAUACUAUUAGAUCUCAAUUUUGUUAAUUAUGUUAGAGGAAAUUCUAAUUAGCAAUUAUUUGCUGAGUAAAUGAAUUUUUCUAUUUUUAUUAAAUAUUCGAUUUUCUUUUAAUAUAAAAAUUAAAACUAACUCUUUUGUAACAUAAACUGAUUUGCAAUAAUCUAAUUACUAAUUAACUUAGAAUUACAUUAAUUAUAUUUACCAGAAAUCAUGUAAUGUUACGUGUAACAAGGCAAUAAUCGUGCCAAAUAAAAAGUAUUAAUUGCGAUUG